UUUUCACAAAACAGCCGACGUUGUUUUUUUUUUAAUUUUGGCGCAAAUUGAGUCGUCAAUGAAGUGAAAUUUUUCAUUUUUCAAUAAUUUCAAAAAUGGAUAUAGACAUCGGUGGUAUUACGGUAAUUUUUCCGUUCAAACCUUAUGAUAUACAGGUUGAUUAUAUGAAUGCGGUUAUUAAAGCAUUAAAUGAACGGCAAAAUGCAUUACUCGAAAGUCCUACUGGUACAGGUAAAACAUUAUCAUUACUUUGUUCUACACUUGCCUGGCUUGAAAGUCGAAAAUUCCUGGAAUUAGAUUCAAAACGAAUCGAAGAAAUUACACCUAAAAAUAUUGUCUUUCCCGAAGAUUUGAUCAUCUCUGAUAAGGAUCAAACUAGCCAAAAAGAAAAGAAAAAGAAUGGGAAAAAAGGCUGGAAACAAGAAAAUCGAUUGCGAAUCAUUUAUAGUUCUCGUACACAUUCGCAAUUAAAUCAGGCUUCCAAUGAACUGAAAAAUUCUUAUUAUAAUUUUUGUCCCAGUGUUACAAUCGGUUCUCGUGAUCAAUUAUGUAUUAAUCCUGAUGUGAUGAAUCUUGAGCAUAUCACAGCUAAAAAUCAGACUUGUCGUCAUAAGGUUAAAAAUAAUCUUUGUUCUUAUCAUCAUAAUUAUGAACGUAAAGUUUCUGAUCUAAGUUUUUGUGGUUCAAAAAUCUAUGAUAUUGAAGAUUUAAUUGCAUUUGGUAAUGAACAUAAAGCAUGUCCAUAUUAUAUGUCUAAAGCGUUAACCGAUUAUAAUACUUCAUUAACAUUUAUGCCUUAUAAUUAUAUACUCGAUCCAUCCAUUCGUAAAACAUUAAAAUUAAAUCUCGAAAAUACUAUUAUCAUCUUUGAUGAAGGUCAUAAUAUUGAACGUGUUUGUGAAGAUAGUAUGUCUACUGAAUUAAAAUCUGAAACAUUGGUAUUGUUUUUACGAGCAUUUGAUCUUGUAUUACAAUCAUUAAAAGAAUUGAAAGAUGGUAAAUAUGAUGAUCUUAAUAGUAAAGAAUUAUCCGAUCUGGAUAUGCACGAUGUUGCCAAAGUUAAAUUGAUUAUAUGUAAUUUGGAAGAAGAAUUGGACCGUUUAGUUAAGAAACAAGAUAAAGGUUCACAUGAUACUCAUGAAAUUUUUAAUAUUUUACAUCGAGUUAAUCUAAAUCAUGAACAUAUUGAAUUGGUCACCUCAAUUUGUGAAAAGAUAAAUACGGUUGUAAUGAGUGCCACAACAGCCUAUUUAUCCAAUCAAACGAUUGCUGCUUUAUCAUCGGUCUGUUCAUUUCUCGAAAUUGUCCAACCAUUCACAUUGGUUAAAGAAGGUGAAACAUUGUCAUCGAAAAAAUUAGAUUUCAUUAAAAAUUAUAAAUUAUAUACUGAAAUUGAUAAGGAAAGUCACUACCAGAAAACAUGGUUGAAUACUUCUGUUCCAAAUGGAUGGACCGUUUAUCUAUGGUGCAUGAGUCCAAGUGUUGCGAUUCAAUCAUUAAAACGUGCCGGAAUAUAUAAUUUGAUCAUAACCAGCGGUACAUUGUCACCACUUGAAUCAUUUGAAUUGGAAAUGGGCAUUCCAUUUAAAGUUAAAUUACAGAAUUCUCAUGUAAUAUCUGAUAAUCAAUUAUCAAUACAAUUGAUUGCUAAAGAUCCGAAUGGUCAUGAACUUCGUGGUUCAUACGAUAGACGUGAUGAUUUAAAAUAUUAUUCCGGUCUUGGUUAUACAAUUCUAGCGAUUGCUAAAAAAGUUCCAAAAGGAAUGUUUAUUUUUUUCUCAUCAUAUUCAUUGAUAAAUCGAUGUAUUGAAGAAUGGAAAUCACGAAAACUUUGGACAUCGAUUUCUUCAGUGAAAAAAAUUUUCGUCGAACCAAAAAACAAACGAGAAUUUAAUCCAAUGAUUGAAUCAUUUAAAUAUGCUUGCGAUCAAACACCAGAAGGUGCUAUUUUUAUGGGUGUUGCACGUGGUAAACUUUCGGAAGGCAUGGAUUUAAGUGAUAAUUAUUGUCGUGCCGUUAUGAUAAUAAGCUUACCUUAUCCAGCUAGAUUUGAUCCUAAAGUUGUACUUAAAGAAAAAUAUCUGAAUGAAAACAAAUGCCGAUUAACUGGUUCACAAUGGUACAUUCUUCAGAUGAAACGUGCAUUAAAUCAAUCAGUUGGCAGAGUCAUUCGCCAUAAAAAUGAUUAUGGUUUGAUCAUUUUAUGUGAUAGUCGUUUUCAAGCAUUAUAUGAUGGAUUCUCGCGAUGGAUACUUCCAUUCUUUAAUCGUCAAAAUGCUUGUUUAAGUUUUUCGCAACAAAUUCAACAGAUUGAUCAAUUUUUCUCACGAUCAUCAGCUGUAUGCGAUGUUAUAGAAUACAAAAAUGAAAAACCUGUACGAUUACCUCAACCAAAACGCGAACUAAAAGUCAAACAAUCAAAUCAAAAUGAUGAUAAUGAUAAUGAUAAUGAAAUUCAAAAUGUGUUCAGUAAUAUGGUUUCUGAUUAUACCAAAAUCAAAGAUAAAUUGCCAACCAAGUCAAAAAUGGUCAUCAACAAAAAUAAUGAUACAAAAUUGAGUAUUUUCGAUUCAUUUGAUGAAGAAAAAAUCAUAUCAAAACGUAAAAAGAAUUCAUUUGCCGAUGAAUGUAAUAAAAAAAGUCGAUCUAGUUCGGAAGAGAAUGAUCCACCCGAUGAAAAAGAAACGGAUGAUCAUCAAUCAAUUAAACAAAAAGGAUUGACUAAUGAUCGUUCAUCAAAGUAUUUUACUAAGCCUUUUACAUCACCAGUUAAAGAACAAGUCAAACCAAAAGAUGUUUUUGAUUUAGGUUGUACAGAAAUCAUUGAAAUAAAGGAAACUAUUUUGAAAAAUGAACAAAGUAUUCAAGCAUUUGAAAUGAUUUUAAAUCAUAUAAUGUAUCAGCCGGGUAAAUGUCGACAAUUAUGUGAAACAUUAAGAGUAUAUGGAAAGAAACGGAAUUCAAUUUAUUUAGCAAUGCGAUUGAAUUUUAUUCUGGAAAAUAUUCGUGGUGAUAAACGAAAUAUUAUGUUAAAAGAUUUAUCCAACUUGAUUCCAGAAGCUGAACGUAAACUUUUUCUUCGGACAUGCAAAGUCGAAUAACUUAUUUGUAAUUUCAAUAUUAUUUGUUUGUAUUAAAAAAAAAUAUUUUUCAAUAAACCAUUGUG